ACACGCUAAAGUUAUAAUUAUAUGAAUCAUCUCAAAACUAUAUAAAAUUAAAAUGAAAUUUUUUAAAAAUUUGUUUAAAAAAGCAUAUAUGCUAUAGAUUUAUCGUGUUUAAUAGUGUCUAUAUGAGAAAUAUUUAAAAAUAAUAUCGUUCAAAGUAUUAUUCUAAGUGAUAUUUGCAAUUAAAAUUUAAAAAUAAAAUGACUCUCUCGUUUACCCAAGUCUACAAAUAAUAUUAGAAAAAUACAUUUAUAUGUAUGAAGUUUUCUUGUUUUUAUUGUCAAGUAUUCUUAUUAGAUUGACGCAGUUCAAAAAAUAAUAAAAAUGGCUUUUGCUGGGUUGAAGAAGCAAAUCAAUAAGGCUAAUCAGUACAUGACCGAAAAAAUGGGUGGCGCUGAAGGUACCAAACUUGAUGUCGAUUUUGUCGACAUGGAAAGGAAAACAGAUGUAACAUUUGAACUGGUAGAAGAAUUGCAAAUGAAAACAAAAGAAUUUUUGCAACCUAAUCCAACAGCUCGAGCAAAAAUGGCGGCUGUUAAGGGUAUCAGUAAACUUAGUGGUCAAGCAAAAGCUUCAACUUACCCGCAACCAGAAGGAAUUUUAGGUGAUUGUAUGCUUCAUUAUGGAAAAAAAAUGGGAGAUGACAGUAUUUUUGGUCAGUCAUUAAUAGAAAUGGGAGAUGCUAUGAAGCAGAUGGCUGAUGUUAAAUACUCCUUAGAUGAUAGCAUAAAGCAAAAUUUUUUGGAACCGCUGCAUCAUUUGCAGACAAAAGAUUUGAAAGAAGUAAUGCAUCAUCGAAAGAAAUUACAAGGGCGUAGAUUAGAUUUUGAUUGCAAACGUCGAAGGCAAGCUAAAGAUGAUGAAGUACGCCAAGCUGAAGAAAAAUUUGCCGAAAGCCUUCACCUCGCACAAAUGGGAAUGUUUAAUUUAUUGGAAAAUGAUAUUGAACAAGUGGCACAGCUUGCUACAUUCAGCGAGGCUCUUUUAGAAUAUCAUCAACAAUGCACAGAAAUUCUUAACGUAGUAUGUGAAACAUUGAGUCAAAAAAAAGAAGAAGCAGCUAGUCGACCAAAAUUGGAAUUUGUUCCUAAAACACUCGCUGAUCUACAUGUAGACGUUGUAUUACCUCUAGAUACAAUCAAUGGAACUAGUCGGGUAGGAUCUCCAACUCUUGGUGAAGGCAAGCGUUCGCAGAUGGAAGUAUUUCCAUCGAGCAACCAACCACCUUCUAGUACCGUAUCACCUUUACCUUCACCUAGUAAAUCUCCAGCAAGAAGUCCAUUGCAAGCACAAAAACAACCUUGUUGUACAGCUCUUUACGACUUUGAGCCUGAAAAUCCAGGUGAACUUGGUUUCAAGGAAAAUGACACAAUCAUACUGCUGCAAAGAAUAGAUGAAAAUUGGUUUGAAGGAAGUAUAGAUGGAAGAACGGGUUAUUUUCCAGUAUCUUACGUCAAUAUUGUUGUACCAUUACCAUGAAUAUUGAAUUAGUUUAUUAUACAGUUCUGAAUUAUUCCAUUAUUCAAAAUCCAUAUUCGUUUUCAAAUUGUUAAUUACGCUUGAAUAUUGUAACGUAAAUCGUUUGAAAUUCAAGAGUUAGUUUUGUUUUCUCUUAAUUCCACUAUUUUAUAAUGAAUUAGUGACUCAUUAUGUUUCUAUAUAUGUGUAUGUGUAUGUAUGUGUGUGUAUGUGUUGCAUA